GAAUGUCGCACUUGCUUUGCAAAACAAGCCACCCGUCCAAACAAGUGAUUUCAUAAAAUGCCCGGCUGUAGCGCUGAAACGAUGCGUUUCGCUCAGAGAGCGCGCGGAUCAUCCCCGCCUCGCUCGUCGCGCUUGGCGUAGGGGCGGGCACACGGGUUGCCCCGGGCUGCAGGUGAGGCGCGCUUCAUCCCGGAAGGCCGUGCGUCAGCCACAUACAGGUAGCGGGGUCACCAGAGGUUUCCGCUCUCUUUUGCUUGCUUGCUUUCUAUCUAUCUUUCUUCCUCCCUCUCGGAUUUUUUUUAAUAGGCGUGUUCUCAGGUAGUCCGACUGGUUCCACGACCUAAAGAAUGCCGGUCAUCCUCCUUUUACCCUGCUGAUCGGGCGGGUAGAUGAGGCCUCCUAGAGUUCACCUGGACAGGGGUUUGGACGAAGGCCUCGGAAUGAGCGACUUCUGGCUGUAUGCUUGGCUGCGUAGGACGGCGGUGAUCGCGGCGCACGUGCUGUCGCUUGGCUUCACCAUCUUCAUGAGCCUGCUGUCACGACCCGGCACCAGUCUGUUUUCAUGGCACCCUAUAUGUAUGUCUGUUGCAUUUUGCUUGUGCAUGACAGAAGGCAUCCUACUCUUCUCCAGUGAAGGCUCUCCUUUCUGUUUUCAGUCUACAAAGGGAAAGGUUCGACUGCACUGGGUGCUCCAAGCUGUUGUGGUUAUGUCUAGUGUCACUGGACUGGCAUUCAUUGUAGCUAGCAAGAAUCUGUCAGAGCGGCCUCAUCUCGUAUCUUGGCACAGUCUUGUUGGUGUGGGCACCAUGGUAGCCACUGGGUGUCAAGUUCUAUGUGGCGUCUGCCUUCUGUUUCCAAAACUUCUGAAGAUCACAUCUGUGGCACGGCUUAAGCUCUACCAUGCUACCUGCGGUCUGGUGACUUACUUGUUGGCCACAACCACAGUUGUCUUGGGCAUGUGCUCAGACUGGUUCCAGGCUACAUUCAAGGGAGUUAUUUGGUAUGUUUUUGUGCUUCUGCCACUUUUCCCGGCCCUGGUGGUUAUGAACCAAAUUACAAAUGGAUAUUUACCAAAGAAAAAGGUUCAAAUGUGAUUUGAAAUGAGAAGAGUUAAAAGAUUUCCCUUUUGCUGUUUGCAGUGUUGCACUGAGGAUUAGGUCAAAACUUGGUUAUGCAUAUGUUUGUGUGAAUGUGUGUACUUGUGUAUGUGAAUUUUAUUCUGCACUAAUUUAUUGUGUUUCAUAUGCUAGUACCAGUAUAUUUAAGUGGACACCUCUGACUGGAAGGAUAAAGAAUGAAUGAAAUACUUAAUUUAAUUCCACUAACUAACUACAUUUAAGCACUUUCACACUGAAUUCUGCAGUGUAACUGACCUGAUGUACAAAUGAUUUGGAUGGGCUAUAAUAACUUUUUUUAAAGCUUAAAAUCACACCAGAAUAAAAACACAAUAAAACCUAAUAGAUUUUAGAAACUAUUACCUAGGUAUGUGCACUGUGAAAGUCUGGAAAUACUAUCAAUAGCUUCCUUAUUACUACUUAAAAUAUUUUCAAAUGUAAAUACUGAUGGAAACAUAGAGAUCUUUAAUGGUUCAAAAACCAAUCACUUAAAUACUGUGUAUGCUACAAAAGGUUGAAAUUCCGUAUACGACUAUCAUAUGCUGGAGCGGCAGAGAAUAGCAUCUUUGCCUCUACUGUAGGCAAAGUCUACUUGAUGAUUUUUUGGAAGAAAUAAGUGGAUAGGACCGGCGAGCUUUGUUGGGCUGAAUGGCCUGUUCUCGUCUAGAGUGUUCUAAUGUUCUAAAAUUGUUGUCUGCACUGGUUCUAUAUUUUAAGCAAGUACUGUACAUUUAGAUCACUAGUAAACUGAUUAUAGUUAUUGAUGGCUGAGAUAUAAAGAAAAUUUUAUAAAGAGUAGUUUGAACAAGGUUAUCUUUACAAAGCUAACCCUGUUUCAAGGUAUAAAUGUUUUCAAACUAGUAAAGCAACCUGAAAUUAGGUAAUGUCAUGCUAGCCUCUGCUUUAGAACUUCUUUUAAUACUCUUUUUGUGAUUUUUAUAUAUAGGAAUAUUUUGGAGGGAUAUUGAUUUUUGACAAUACUACUUUUCCAAAGUAAAGAGAGCUAAAGAGAUGACCACCUAUAAACAACUUGUUUAAUGUUUUCCAUUAUAUUGAAUCUUAAUUGAUCCCUAAGUUUCCUUUGAGGUUAUAACUUAUACUUAUUUAAACUGUUGUGAAGCAAUCAAGAAAAAAUGAUCUUACGUUGUCUGACAUGCAAGAGAGUUGAUUGGAAAAAGUACAGUAGCCUUUUAUUCAAAUUAAUUUAGAACCCAGAGAUUAUGUAACAUUUAUCCAAUCCAUUUUAUAAGAUUGGCAAUGAUGAGUUUGGAUCUGUGACAUAGACUGCCAUAUUAUUAACUUAGAGACAGAUUUUUUUAUUUAGUUCCUUCCCUUAUAAUCCCCUUUCUCUCUAGCUGUGUCUAAUGACCAACAAGUAGAUGUUCUAUAGAAGUUUCAAAAAUGAUUGGUGAUAUUGGACAGUCCUGUUUGGUGCCAUGAUCUAAUAUGAAAUUAUUAGAAUUUAUAUUGUGUUCUUGAAUAGUUGUUUCCAGCAUACAGUACAGUAAUUUUAUUCAAGCACAUAUAUAUUGUUUAGUAGAAUAAAAAAAAAACUAUCCCCAUUCCACUCAAUCAAAACUCCUUUCUACAUCCAAAGAUAAACAAGACCUGUGAUAGCUUGGGUAUUUUAGGAAUAUAUCCUAUAUCAAGAAAGCACGGAAGAAUAAACAAUAGAUAUAUUUCUAUCUUAAAUCUAAACUGACCUUGUGACUAAAUGGAAUGGGAUGCUUUCUGUACACUAUCUGAAAUUUCACUAGAAUCUUAACAUCAUAAUUUAGUAAUAAAAUUGUUGUGUUAGAUGCACAUUCGAGGAGCUUAUUCUUCAUUGUCUUUGGAAAGUCAGUAAAUGCUGCCUAGUAUACAGUUUUGGGUAAAAUGUUUUCUUUUCCAGCUUUCUCAAACAUAGCUGCAUUAAUUUACCAGAUUUAUACAGUUCUGCUGGAUAAUCAUCUGAACCUUAGGCUUUACCUCUUUAUAAAGACAUUUUAGUCCUUAAUUUCAGAGAGCCUCAGUGGUUUGACCAGCUCUUCUAGAUGUUGUGUAUCUUUGGCAAUUCUGUUUUAUUAAGGAGUUUGUUAACAUAUGCAUCUCCUUCAUUACACUCUGAUGGGUAUAAAGCCUCAUAUUAGUUAUUUAUGUUCACUUACUUUAGUUCCAACUGCAUUAUUAAUCUCUACAACCUUGUUCCAAACCUUCUUUUUAUGUAUUCUCUAAAUAACAUCUUACUGGUCUUUUCACCAUGCUCAUAAUAAUAAUGGCAUGAAUUAUAAAUUCGUUCCUUUUUUCUAUUAUGGUCAAAAAUUAAAUUUUGUUUUCACUUGAAACUUUUUGCUGAGUAUAUUAUUAGAAAGAAAUUCAUAUUCCUUGUUGGUCUUACAAAAAUCAGUAAUCCAUUUAGAUUUUCUACUGCUUUACGCUUUAUGUGAAAUGUAUGAAAUGAAUCAACUCUUCUUUAUGUAUUUCUCAAAGUGUUCCUGCAGAUAUAUAUUGGGGAACAUUGGUCUCUAUCAAAACAACAAUUUUUUGUAGACAUGAAUGUGACAAAGACUUCAUUUGUCAAUAUUAGUUGGUUUAAUUGCCAGUGGUGUGCUGCAUUAGUGUAUUGUAAUGAUUCAAGUUCUAGAAAUGGCGACACAAGGUCUGAAAUAAUGAUAGCAUCAUAUUUAUAUGAGAAGUAGAAAAAGUUGUCAAUAAAAAAUAGUUUGUCAAGAUCUAUGAGGAGUGUGAGAUUUCAGCACUGGGAAACAUAGGAUUUUGCUGAUACUAUGAAAAAAAAAUUAAAGCAAUUUUAUUUUUCUUGUCCUGCAUUGAAAGAUGAACUCAAAUUUGCAAAAAUCUAAUCAGAUUUGCAAGAUGAUCAUUCCAGAAGUUCUUAUGUGUGUUUAGAGAGUUGUUGUUUGUUUUAUUAAUUAUGCAUUAUUUAUUUAUUCCUCUUUUUCUCUCGUGACCUUCCAUAAAAUGUUAAUUUCCACUUGGGGACAAAUAAAGUAUCUAUCUAUCUAUCUAUCUAUCUAUCUAUCUAUCUAUCUAUCUAUCUAUCUAUCUAUCUAUCUAUCUAUCUAUCUAUCUAUCUAUCUAUCUAUCUAUCUAUCUAUCUAUCUAUCUAUUAAUUAAUAUGUAAUGUUAGAUGUCUAACUCAUGAGUAGAAAAGGAAGAAAGUGCCUUCACAUCUUAUUUUCCUGUGGUCAGACGUAGAGGACUUAUUUAAGUAGUAAACAUCAAUUUUGUUUAAAAGGAGAUUGGGUUGGUCAUUUUUUCCUCUAGCUAUAGCAAAACAAAAGAACUAUGGAGAGGGAAUUCUGAUUCACAAAACAAUCUCCUUUGCAGCUGCUGAGAUAAUAUGGAACACAGAAGUGAGUUAUAUUAUGAUGGUAAAAGAGCUUUUUGAAACUAAAAUAAUUUGACUUACUAUCUCUGCAUCAAAUGUAAAUAAUAAAGAAUUCAUUGUUAAGUUUUAGCCUCAGUAUGAGCUCUCAUAAACUGGCAUUGGCAAGCGAUAUUAAUUGUGUAUUAAAUCUCGAUUUUGUGAGGACAUUAACAGCUGAAUUUCUUUUAUCGGCUAAAGUGUCAGUAUGGUUUACCAAAAUAAGGUGUUUUCUCUCUGUGUCUUUGUAUAUGUUGCAAGGAUUUUUGUAUUUGUUUGGGGGAAUAAAUAAGGAAAGGUUUAAAUAUGUGCUACUUGAAAUACAUGUUGAUACAGCAAUCUUCACAUGGUAAGGUGUAAAAGACUGACUCAGGGCUUUUUAUAUUAAUUAUAAUAGCAAUUGUUUUUGAAAUAAUUGCUGCAUUAUUUUUAGGUGAUUGACAGAUACUCACACUGUGCAAACAGUCUAGGUCUAGCCCAAACAUUGGCAUCUAGUGUAGCAAAUAUUUUGCUGGUGUUUGGCUGAAUUCUGCAUCAUAAAGACAUUCUUUCCUUUUCUUUUUUCUCAGCACUAUGUUCUGUUCCCAUCUAUGUUAACAUUUGUUAACCCAUAAACGAAGUAUAUGUGUAAGUCCACCACAGAACACAUAGAUCUAGACUCUAGGUAGUAAAAUAGAUAUAUUAUAAGAUGAUCUCCUGUGCAAAACUUGCAGGCUGGUGCACUGUGUAUUUUGACAGUGUAAAAUCUCCUGAUGUUCUUCCGUUACAUCAGAAUGAUACUAAACCAGUAUAUCUGAGGAAACAUUAAAACAAGAUAAAAAUAACCAUGCUGAAUAGCCACUUAAUGUAUAAUAUGGACAAGAAAUGGCCAGUAUAAAUGCAAUGAGAUUCUGGACAUGUAGUACCUAAGUCUGGCAAAUGUUAAAAUCCAAUAAAACUACGGUCUUAUUAGUUCCUGAAACAUCAGACUUCUUGUUGCUUUCAAUUAACUGCACUUAAUGCAUUGGCUUCUGUACUAAAAACUGAGCACUAUGGUUUGUGGCAAAAUUCUGUUCAGUGCUUUGGAAUAAGCUUCUAACUAAACAGGUAUAUGUGUAUACAGGCAGUCCAGUACAUGUCUCAAAAACUGUACCAUUGGUGUAAUGAUAACCCACAAGUUAAAUCUACUUUACCUAUAAACUGGAGAUAGCAUUACUUAAAAAUAUUCGGUUGCAAAAGUAAUUGACUGAAUAAUUCCCUGUUAGACUAAUAUGGAAGUGCUGUACCUAGUUCCUUCAUAAUGUCUUUUGUACUGAGACAUUAAAUAUUGCUACUUUCAUUCAUCAUUUUUAAUGAGAGCAAAAUGUACUGAUGAGAAUCUGAGCAUGCUGUUCUGUGAUGGGAAAAGAAUGAAGAGUGCAUUUGAGAAGAUGCACUGUUAAGAAAAGACAUUUAAAAAUGUGAGCAUGAAUUCUGUGUGAGAGCAGAUCAUAAAUAUAUGCAGAUAUUCCAAAAUAAUAUUGUUCAACAAGAAAAAUUUAAUAUAUGCUAAGCAUCAAAAACACCCUAGUCUAUAUAUGGGUAAAUUAUUUUAUUUCUUUACAGUGUAGAUAUAAUAUAAAAAAUAUAGAAAAAAAAGAAUACAUCUAAAUGUAGUUUCCAAUGGCAAUUAAAUUUCUUUGUGUCAUGAAAACCUGAAUGGUAAAAUUAUUUGGUUUUAAUUUUCUUUCUUGACAUGGGAAGAUAAUUUAUCAUUCAUAUAUUAGAGAUUCAAGGUUGUAACGAGUCAUAAAAGAAUAAUAAACUUGUCUGUGUAGGUUUAGGGAAGUUUCAGAGUUUCUUAUUGCUUGUUUUAGCUGUUAUUAAAAACCCCACUUCAUUAAGUUUGGGGGGAGAGGGGGCUAUAGUGUUUUCUGGCAAAGUUAGGCAAAAAGCAGAAUCCAAUAUCCUCAAAGUUUUUUUUUUUUGCAUAUUUGCUUUAGUAUACUUAUUUCAUCCAGUCUCUCAUUUUUCCUAAUUCAUUCAGUGCAUAUACCACAUAUCUGUUAAUUAGCAUGACAUUUACUUAAAAUUGCACUGACCAUUCUUGUGUUCGGUGGUAUCUUUCUGUGCAAAUCGUGUUGUCUUCAGUCCCCCCUAUAUGUUCUAAAUCACCGAAUUUUAAUCCUGCACAAACUAGAACUUUAGGCAACAUAUUUUAACAUCAGAUACAGUAUAACGUUUUCUGAUUUUUAUAAAUAUCAACAGAAUGCUUCCUGGAUUUCUUUCAAAAAUGGUUGUUAAAACCAUACUUGUGUUAACUAAACCUUCAUUUAUUUGUAAAUUACAAAGUAGUUAAUAAAAUUGAUACUUCUGAAUGUGAGAAAUAAAUGAAAAUUUUACAAACAGAAACAAAAUUGGUGCAAGUUAAUUUCAUGCUCCUUGUUAGCCUGCAUUGGGUUAAGUAGUUUUGAAAAUAACUGCGUGCUGAAAAAUGAAAGGUAAUUAAAAAAAGUAAUGCAUUCAGCAUUAAUUUGGGUCAACAGUCUAAACAUUGUAUUUCUAAAUUUUAUUUUUCCAGAGUGGAAUUAAUUUUUUCCUAUUGAUACAGUCCUAAGUAUGUCAACUUGUUCUGUUUUCCUGAAAAACGUACAGGUUGUUCCCAUUUAGAAUUUUUUCAGUGGGGAUAAUGCAGUCUGGCAGAUACUGCUAUAAUGUUAUACUACAUUUUCUGGCUUUUUUGUCAGUUAUUUAUUCAGUUUUAUUUUACCUCUCUAGAAGGCUCUUUUAAUCAUAUUUGUUGAGUAUUUCUUUUUAUUUUUUUUAAUAGUGUUUUGUUUCAUGUUUGAUGAUAGAAGUCUACAUAAAAUAUUUUUUAUCAUGUUAUUUAUUUUAAUUUUAUGAAAUUUGGACUUUAUCAAUAUAUAUCAUACUAUAUGUACCUAGAUAGUGGGUACUCCUAUAGAAGUGAGAAGCUCCAGUGCAAAGCAGAUCAUGCUGUAGUUGUGAAUGCAUAGCUCUGUGAUCAUGUGAAAAGUUUAUUGACUUGUGAUCUUGACUCACAAAACGACAUGUUCCGACACACCCUUCUUCAUUCAUAAUUUAUUGCAUUUUAAUUUGACACUUUGUGGUCUGUGCUUUAAAGGAUGAAAUAUUCUGUUUAUUUUGGAAGAUGAAUAUUGACAAUUCUGUUGAGUGGAUGUUUGUGAAACACUAAUCCUACUUAUUUAUUUAGCUUGUUUUUCAUUACACAUUAAAACAUACAUUUUAUAGUCAAGCUUCAUGGCAAUAAAUUGUAAUGCAUUCUUGAUAAUGUAAAAUUUUUGACUGAUUUUCUUAGAAACCUUAUUUACUGGAAAUGAGAAAUGUAAUUGAUCAAGUUCACCUACCAAGCCCUCUCACCCAGCACUACACAGUGCCUUGACACAGACUCCUCCACUUUUUUGUACUUCUGGUGAUGUUGUAAGAGCCUAGGUGUGGAAGGGGCAAGGGGUGUCCAUUGUGUGACAUAAAGUCAGCUGACAAAACAGGCUAUGAUCCAAUGUCACCUUUUCCCCUAUGCUGUAUCAUUAUGAAGUUUUCUAAGCAAAAGCUAUAUCUGUCCUCAAUGAUAAGGGCUGUGUGUACAGUAAUGUUCUCAGUCUUCCUAGCUGUACAUUCAUCUUUUGUGUUGAAUGCUAUUGUGUUCUAUUUAUUCUGUGAUUUUAUUUCAAUGUUUAGUUCAUUUAAUUUGAUGUUUUCAUAGAUUGAACAGUUACUAUGCAUUUACAAUCUAUGAUCAUAUAUUUGGGCAUAUCAAAAAAGGCUGUGCAGUGUGAAGUGUUGUGAAACAGACAUGGCCUGAUAGUAUACAUUGCACUAUACACUGUUAUUUUGUGGUUAUAAUGUCAUCCUGCUUUUUGGAGGUACAUUUCUGCCAGUGUUAUCCAGGAGCAGUGGUCGAGGCCAGGCCUCACGCUUGUCAGAUUAGCAUCACUGGUGCUCUGUUUGACUUUUUUAGUGAAUUUUCUAUGUGUUAAUUUGAAAGAUUAUAUAAAAAUAUCUGAAAACAGGAGCAUGCAAGUUUUGUUUAAUGUAAGCACUUCUUUUUUAUUUUGUAAAUUUUAUUCUGCAUUUUCAUUUAACUCUUUGUUUCAUUUGUACAUUCUUGAAAAGCAAUUGGAAUCAUUUUGUUUACAUUAUUUAACUGUUAAUGCAGGAGCUAAAGCUCAGAAAAAAAUUUUGUAAAGCAUAUUAAUUUAUGUAAAACAUUAAAAUAUUUUAUUAUGGAUGUAAAUGUUUGUGCAGUUGUACCUUUGCAAUUGUCUUACUGUACAUUUACUGUAUUUGAUUCUAGCCAAUGAAUGUCUUGGCCAAUAAUUGAUCAGAUUUGUACUCAAUUUGAUAAGAAGUUAAUAUCCCCAGUUAUUUUGUGUUCUUGAUAAGACUUUCAAUGUUUUUGAACCUAACUGUUUACAUAAACCAUUAAGUUACUGCUGUCUGUUUUUGGUAGCAUUCUUUGCUGCUUGUGUAAGGUUUAAAAAGUUUCAGUGCAAUCUUGGGUGCUCCAUCUGGAAUUACAGCUUGUACUCAGAUGAUAUUGGUCCUUUUGAAUUUUACCAAGGAUUUUGUGAUCAUGUUCUGUUGUAAAGUGUUACCUUGUGCUCACAUUCAUAUGUUCUAGGUUUUCCCAUAGAGCACAAUCCUUGCCAUUAUUUGCUGCCUUGAAGGAUUUGUUUGUUUUGUCCCAACGUGAAUAAUGUAAAAUUCUGUCUGCCACUGGCAUUUUGAUGCUUAGCUUUACUUUUCUAAGCACCUGGAAAGGUUUUGGCUGUUAUUUUAUACACCCAUGACUCUAAAAUACUCUGCUGUGUGAUUUUUUUCAAAUUUUUUUUCUCAGGGUUUGAAAUAAUUGGAUCCUCUUUUACAUCCAUGUUGUCUGUCCAGUCCACAGUAUGUGCUAUACUAAAGGUGUUGUAGUGGAUUUAUGUGCAUUUUUCAUAUUUUGUUUUCCUGUGUGUUGCUGUUUUGGGUUUUAAUAAAGUCUUGACUAAAUGCA